CCAGCCUACGUUCUACCCACGGACCGUUGGUCUCAGUCGGCACCGGCCAUCAUGCCUAAAGAGGAGAGCAUGAUCGGCGGUCCGAGUAACGAUGUCUCCAGUGCCGGAAUUCAAUCAAAGCAGACACUGGACAGUCUGUCGGAUACAAAGGAGGCAGCAGGCGAGGGUAAAGCCGGUUCUGAGAGUGGAACCCUUGGAGGCGUCCUGUCGUCGUCGGCCAGCCUCGCCUGUCUAGUUGCCGGGGAGCCCAGCCCAAAAGUGUCGUGGACACGAGACCCGUUCAACAAGACUCUGGUGGAGGGAGCGCAGUUUAGGCACCGAGUUGAGAGGAUACAGACUGGCAUUUAUUUGGCGACAGUGCGCCUGGCACGAGUCACUCCAGCAGAACUGGGCUUCUACUAUUGCCACCUCUUCUGUGAGCCUUCACCAAAGGAGCCUCUCUGUUUGGAUUAG